AUGUCCAACCAUUCAUCCUCAUCCUCCACCCCUGAGGGCGAUCCUACGCACAGCACUUACGAGGUCAAUGUCCCAGUCCGCAACGGACGAACCUCUGAGCCAAAAGUUGAGAACCCAGAGAUCCGCAUCCCCAGGAUAAAGCCAGUCUCGGAUACCAGCAGUGGCACCACCACAGACCAGCAGCAAAUGCCACAGCCACAAAAUCAAGAAAUGGAUCUUCAGAAACUCGCGGCUGGCCUCGAGGGCAAAUACGUCGACGAGUUCGGCAACAUCCUAGACUGGGAUGGCACCGUCCUUGGUCGAGUCCAAGGCGACCUUCCUUCCAUGGUAGGGCGACCAGUCGCAGCUGACGGACAAGUUCUCGACGAGGACGGAGAAGUGGCUGGUCAAGUAUGCGACAACUAUAUCGAGCCAGAGCCACCGAAACUCAAACCCUUGGCCUCAGGAGGACUCAAAGUCGAUGAUGAAGGCUACAUCUACGAUGACCAGGGAAACAAGAUUGGCAGACUCGAUAAGCCGAUAAAAGACGGAGCCGACAAAGUUUCCGAGAGGCUCAAAGGCGAUCAAAAGCAAGGUCAAGGUCAACAGGGCCAGGGUAGUGGUGGAAGUACCGGCACCACAGACACUAAUAACGGUGCUCCCAAGCCACCGAGGCCUGACGAGCUGUUCCUGGAUGUCAAGUCGACAUAUGAUGGUAUUCAGCUCACCAUCAAGAUUCCCACUGUCUUUAACAGCAGAAUGAUGCGCGAGACCAAGAGCAGUGGCAGCCAGACGACUGAGACAGCAGUGGCAGAAGUUAGUAGCGACAAUCGAUAG